UUACGUGUUUCCAACUCCAUCUCAGAAAAAAAAUGUCCCAUUUCACAACUCCCCCAGAGUAGUGUCUUCCCAAGACAAGUCUCAGACAAAGUCUUUCUCGACGAUCGCUAUCUUAUCUUUCUCUGAGGUGUUGGAUUCAGAAGAAAACGACUCGAAAGGUGGUUUAUCCUCAAAGCAUAUACCUUUUCCCACCAUUUUUCUCUACAAAUACAUACAAUUUACACUUCAAAGCCGCAGCCUUUCGCUUUAUCUCUGUGGGUUUUACCGGGUUCUCCAAGUUCCAGUCCCCGGCAAUGGCUUUCCGGCGAAAACGCAUCACCUGGGCUCUCUUUUUCUUCCACCUCUUGUUGGUCUCCACUCAAUUCAUUGCGGCACGCAAAACCCCCAAAAUCAAGGGACCCAUUAAAACGGUGGUCGUCGUGGUCAUGGAAAACCGCUCCUUUGACCACAUCUUCGGCUGGCUUAAGGCGACCCGACCCGAUAUCGACGGCUUGAACGGGAACGAAUCGAACCCGAUUUCCGUCUCGGAACCCGGCUCGCCCCGAGUCCGCGUCUCCAGCGACGCCUUCUUCGUCGACUCCGACCCAGGCCACUCGUUUCAGGCGAUUCGAGAACAGAUAUUCGGGUCGAACGAGAGCUGCGAGAACCCGGCUCCGAUGAACGGGUUCGCUCAGCAGGCGGAGAGUAUGGGCGAGGGGAUGGCGAGAACGGUGAUGAGCGGGUUUAAGCCUGAAGUCCUCCCGGUCUACACCGAGUUGGCGAACGAAUUCGCCGUGUUCGAUCGGUGGUUUGCUUCCGUACCGGCGUCAACUCAGCCGAACCGGUUCUACGUCCACUCGGCCACGUCACACGGCGCCAUGAGCAACGUCCGCAAGGACCUCAUCCACGGCUUCCCUCAGAAAACGAUCUUCGACUCUCUGGACGAAAAUGACCUCGACUUCGGUAUAUAUUACCAGAACAUCCCCGCCACUCUCUUCUUCAAGAGCCUGAGGAAACUGAAGCAUGUGACGAAAUUCCACAGCUACGCGCUGACUUUCAAGCGGCACGCUCGGCUCGGGAAGCUGCCGAAUUACGCGGUGAUCGAGCAGAGGUACUUCGACGUCAAGGAGCUUCCCGCCAACGACGACCACCCGUCGCAUGACGUGGCGCGCGGGCAGAGGUUCGUGAAGGAGGUGUACGAGACGCUGAGGGCGAGCCCGCAGUGGAAAGAAAUGGCAUUGCUGAUUACUUACGACGAGCACGGCGGGUUUUACGACCACGUGCCGACGCCGGUUUCAGACGUGCCGAGCCCGGAUGGGAUGGAGGGGAACGAACCGUAUUAUUUCCGGUUUGACCGGUUGGGUGUGCGGGUGCCGACCAUACUCGUCUCGCCAUGGGUCGAAAAGGGUGCCGUGAUCCAUGAGCCAACAGGGCCGACGCCACAUUCCCAAUUUGAGCAUUCUUCUAUCCCUGCCACUGUAAAGAAGCUGUUCAAUUUGAAGUCGAACUUCCUCACAAAGAGAGAUGCAUGGGCUGGUACUUUCGAGAAUUAUUUUACCCUCCGCAGUACUCCUCGUCAUGACUGUCCAGAAACUCUUCCAGAGGUGACAAAGUCACUGAGGCCAGGCGGACCCAGAGAAGAUUCGAGCCUCUCAGAAUUCCAAGUCGAGCUGAUCCAGCUUGCAUCCCAGCUUAAUGGCGAUCAUGUCCUCAAAACCUACCCUGAUAUCGGCAAAACCAUGACAGUGCGUGAAGCCAACAGUUACGCAGAGGAUGCAGUCAAGAGGUUCCUGGAAGCCGGAAGAGCUGCUCUAAAAGCCGGAGCGAACGAGUCUGCAAUUGUUACAAUGAGACCUUCCCUCACCAGCCGAGUUAACGCACAAGAUCAUAGCUCCUACCUAGAAUCUCAGUGAUUAUCCAUUAAAAAAAAAAAUGGCAGCUUUGAAUAGGAGUAGAUACCAUAUGAUGUAUAUAGUACAGAUUAUAGUCAUAAUAAGUAAUUAAACUGCACGACAAUGGCGCGGGAGCCUUCCACAACUAAUCAAAACAUCUCUUAUCCUUUUUAA